UGAAGAAGUAUCCACUGUUAAUAAUUAUUAAUUAUCAUUGAAAUGAGUUCUGAAGAGAGAUUGAUAACAGAAGUUCCUAGUAGUUUAAAACAAUUAGCCCGUCUUGUAGUACGUGGUUUUUAUACAAUUGAAGAUGCGCUCAUUAUUGAUAUGCUAGUUCGAAAUCCAUGUAUGAAAGAAGACGAUAUCUGUGAUUUACUUAAAUUUGAUAAAAAAAUGUUAAGAGCACGUAUAACAACAUUGCGAAAUGACAAAUUUAUUCAAGUUAGAUUAAAAAUGGAAACCGGAUCGGAUGGAAAAGCACAAAAAGUCAAUUAUUAUUUUAUUAAUUAUAAGACAUUUGUGAAUGUAGUAAAAUAUAAAUUAGAUUUAAUGAGAAAAAGAAUGGAAACUGAGGAACGAGAUGCAACAAGUAGAGCCAGCUUUAAAUGCACAAGUUGUUUAAAAACUUUUACAGAUCUGGAAGCAGAUCAAUUAUUCGAUAUGACUACUGGAGAAUUCAGAUGUACAUAUUGUCGAGAAAUAGUUGAAGAAGACCAAUCCGCCCUACCCAAAAAAGAUUCACGAUUGCUUUUAGCAAAAUUUAACGAGCAAUUAGAACCUCUCUAUAUUUUAUUACGAGAAGUCGAAGGAAUUAAAUUAGCACCAGAAAUCUUAGAACCCGAACCCGUUGAUAUUAAUACAAUCAGAGGCAUUGACACUAAGAAAUCAAAUAAUAUACGUGGACCUAAUGAACAAUGGUCGGGAGAAGCUACUAGAUCAUCUGGAUUUGUUGUGGAAGAUACGAGAGUCGAUGUAUUGAUAGGGAAUGAAAUACAAGAUGACAAUGUUAAUAGCAUAAGAAAAGAAAGACCAAUUUGGUUAAUGGAAAGCACAAUCAUUACUUCCGACCCAUUACAGAAUGAAUUAAGAAAUACUCAAGAUAGUAUUUUGGAAAAGGCUGCUGCUACCGCCACGAAUGCUAAUGCAACCAACAAUAAACAAGGUGAAGAUAUAAUGUCCGUGCUCUUGGCACACGAAAAGAAAGGUGGAAUAAACGCUAGCGCUGUAAAGACAGUAUUGCCUCAUGAAUCAAGUGAUAGCAGUGAUAACGAAGAUAGAGGAGAUAUGAAAGUAGCUGACACAGGUGAAAUUGAAACAAUGGAAUCCGACGACGAAGACCAAAUACCAACUGUUAGUAUAAAUGGCAAAAGUGUUGUAAUAACUGAUGUAAAUGAUACACUUAUUGCUGAAAUGACUGCGGCGGAAAAAGAAGCGUACAUACAAAUUUAUCAAGAUUAUUAUUCUUCAAUGUAUGACUGAGACAAUCGUCGAUCUAUUUUUAAUGUACUUGCAGCAACAACAAAUGUUCGAUUGAAUGCGAGUAAAAGAAUGUAU